CAAUAAGCCAAAGAUGAACUUGUGAAGUUGGAAUACCGGUUUCUUUCGUUCUUUUUGUCGCUUUCUGGCGAAAGCUUUAAUUUUUUGUAUUUUUUAUAUUUAAUUUUUUUUGGUUACCUUCUUUUGGCAAAGCUUUUUCAGUUUUGUGUGUUCUUUACAAUCUUUGGCGUCAAGUCUGGACAAAACAAGAUCCUUUUAAUAAGUCUACUUUAUGAGCUAAAAAUAUCUGAAAGAUGGCUUUUUUGUUCAAAAAAAAUAGAGCUGGGUCUAAUCCGCUGAGUACGUCUACUACUUAUAAAAACUCGGGAUCAAUAAGAGAUUCUCCUCCUCUUUCUAAUCAGGAAGCUGAUAUAGAAAUCAGUAGCAUUUCUUCUUCAGAAAUGAAGAAACCCCAUCCUUCAACCGGCUCUAGUUUCACCGUGUCUCCUUGGUCAAAGUUAACUAUUCGCGGGUCUUCACAUGUAUUACCUCGAUACUCGCAUUCUUCUCAUCAUUUCGCCGAAGGGGGACAGGAAGUAUAUGUAUUCGGAGGAAUUUCAUCCAAUUCUGAUGCAAAAAACGAUUUGUGGGUUUUAAACCUUGCUACAAGUCAGUUCUCAAACUUGCGUAGUACUGGCCAAAUUCCAUCACCAAGACUUGGCCAUGCUUCGGUCCUUGCUGGAAAUGCUUUUAUCGUUUUUGGUGGUCUUACAAAUAAGGAGGAUAUAGAUUACCAAGACAAUACCCUAUAUUUAUUGAACACUUCGUCUUUACGUUGGCAGAAAGCCUCGGUGUCUGGAGCCCGCCCGUCAGGACGCUAUGGUCAUACGCUUAGCACGUUAGGUUCUAGGGUGUGGCUGUUUGGUGGCCGUUUACUUGAUUAUUAUUUUAACGACCUUGUAUUUUUUGAUCUGAACAAGCUGAAUACCCAAGAGUCGCGAUGGGAACUAGCAUCUGUUGUUAAUGAUCCCCCUCCUGCUCGUGCUGGUCAUGUCGCUAUAUCUUAUUCUGAUAAAUUAUAUAUAAUUGGUGGUACCGAUGGCCAAACUUACUACAAUGAUGUUUGGUGUUUUCAUCCCAAACAAAGUGCUUGGUCAAAAGUAGAGACUUUCGGCCAUCCUCCCCCUCCACGAGCAGGGCAUUCAGCUUCAAUAAUUGAUGAUGUCGUUUACGUGUUUGGAGGAAGAUCAUCCGACGGAGCCUUUUUAAAUGAUUUAUAUGCUCUCAAAAUCUCAACUAAGCAAUGGUAUAGGUUGCUUGACCUACCAUUUGCGCCAUCACCUCGCUCUUCUCACACCUUGACGUCUACAGGUUUGACUUUAGUUCUGAUCGGCGGGAAGCAAGCAAAAGAUGUCAUAGAUUCUAAUGUGUAUAUGCUAGACGUUACGAGGUUUCGCCUAAGUAAACUACUUCCUAGUUCAAGUCGUCAACGAAAUGCGUCAUUCUUCACAGGAUUAAGCGGCAACAAUGGUCAACCCUCACGAAUACCGUCCUUAACAAAUACAAAAAUUUCUCGUAUUCCGGCUCCUGCCAGUACUAUUAAUUCCAUGAAUGUCAAAGCUCCUAUUAGACGUUCUCCUUCACUUAAAAGUAAUCAAAGCUCUACAGAUGCUUCUUAUGGACCAACAAAAUUAAGUUCCUUUUCUACUGCAGAUUCUAAAAUUAUCGAUAAUAGAGCAAAUGAAGACGAUGUGUCACUUUCUUACCAAUCUAAUAAGUUAAGGUUAGAAGGAGAACUACCAGUGGGAUCACCGUCAUCAGUAACACCUUCAUUAUAUUCUUUAGAUACUGCAAUUAACCAUAAAGACAAUCCUUACCAAGUGGGUAACGAUUAUACAGAAAAGUCAAUUAAGUCAGUGUCCCUAACUUCAGAAACUGCUGACUCCCAGCUGUCGGAUCGUAAUGCUUUGAAGGAGAUAGGCACCGAUGAUGGAUUAUCGAAUAUGAGCUUUGAACGUGAAGCUAAUAGAUUGCCAAGUGACAGUGAUUCUCGGAUUUUUGUGGAGCAAUGUUCUGCAUUGACGAAAGAACAACUUGUCAAUUGGUUCAAACAAAAGCUUUAUGAGGUCUUAAAUGAAUCAGCAAGAAAGAUUGAGAUUUUGAACGAGAAAAUUAAGGUUUCUAACGCUGAGAAGAAUGCAGCGCUUUGCGAAGCAGCUUUGUCUAAAGUCCAUCCUUAUAAUGAACAGGAUGAAUCCAGCAAAGCUUUAUUUUCUGAAAAGAACAAUAUUCACAAAGUUAGCACCGCUCAUAUAAUGCAAGAGAAUGUAAGUUUGCAUAAGACCCUGGAAGUCAUGAGGGAAACUUCUACAGAACUAAGUCAGCAACUGGAUGAUCUUAGUUCAUCUAAAAAAGUUUUUAUCAAGAGAAUGAAUGAUUUAGAGAAGGAAAUUUCUGAAGAAAAGAAUAAGCACCAUUCUGCUUCACUACAGUUGUUAGAACUUGAGUCCGUCUAUCGCGAUCGUGAGUCGUUGGUAAGAAGUCUCGAAGAACAAUUGGUAGACCAAACAAUGCUUGUGAACAACUUUGCUUCCGAAAGAGAUUACUAUAAAGAACGAUCCGUCGGGUUCGAAAAUACUAUGAGAGAUUUGGUACAAAGAUUAGAAGCUACUGAUAUGUUGAAUAUCUCUUUGCAUGAAUCGUUGAGCAAUGUGCAGACCGAAAAUUCUCAAUUAGUUGCGGAAGUAGCACGAUUGAAAUCGGAACUUACUAAGAAACAAGCUAUUAUUGAUUCUAAUACUAACAUAUACUCGAAGUUGGAUGAUGAUAGGACCACCUAUGAGCGAAAUUCAAGUAUGACAAAUGCUAGUUUAACAUCGACCUUAGAUAGUCUUCUGGAAAGCGAGUCUUAUAACCGUAACGUACAAGUGGAGGCUCUACGUCAACAGCUUAGGAUCAACAAUGCUAAAUUAGAAAAAAGGGAAAAGCUGAUCAACGCUAGUAAAUACAUUGAAGAUGGUUUAAGAUUAGAGAUUCGUGAAGCUUCGGAAAAAAUUAAUGCAUUGGAUUACCAUACGACUAGCCUAAGGGAGGAAAAUGGACAAAUGCAAGUUCAACUAAUGAACGCAUUAGAACAAAGAAAUAAUGGUGCUAAGCAAUUAGUGAAUUUGCGUAUGCAGUUGGCUAAUACUACAUCUGAGCUUGACGUGGUAAAGUUGAAAUUACAAGCUACUGUUGCGGCAUUGGAGGAAUCGAAAGAUGCUAAUCCUGAGGCACUUUCAAUUUUACGAAGUGAUUCUUCUCAAUUACAUGAGUUGUUCAAACAAACUUGUAGCUUUGUUGAUUCUUUCUCUUUGGUUAAACGUUGUUUUGCCGAAUUCGAUUAUAACUUUCAGAAAUAUGCUGAAACUUCUCGGCUGCUGAUUAAUAAGGGUACUGAGAAUGAAGCCGCAAGAUUUCACGAAGGUGGUCAUGAAAUCCAUAUGACUAAUUUAUCGUCAGCUCUCAAUGCCGUUACAAAUGCUAUACACUCUUUAGAGGAAAAAUUCAGUCAUCUAUUUGAUCACUCGAAUUCAAAUACAGCAUGGGAGCGGACAGAAGAGAUUAAGAAAAUCAAAGAACAGGCUAAUUUUAUCAAGAUUCUUCUUCGAAGUCAAACCGAUGAGUUAGCUCAAAUUUCAUAGUUUUUAUUUAUGAGGUUAAUUUACUUUACGAUCUAAAAAAUUAAAUGCGUUUGAUAUACCUUCCUAUACCAACA